GCUUGUCAGGAGAUGGUAAAGACACUUGUGUUGGUAAGUUUUGAUUAGCCUGCGAGCAUGAUUUGAGUUGGUGCAUGACGAAGGAAGGGCAGUAACCAAGACCUUCUUUUUGCCAGGUAUCAGUAUUGAAUAAAUCUAUAGAGGCUUUAAAAGUCAUUUUAUACGUCCGCAAUAAAUGCAAAGGGCUGAAAGGAGUCAAAAUUUUAAUAAGUUGAACUCGGACAGCUUGUGUCAAUAGACCUUAUGCAUAAUGACGUCACAAGGCUUGAUUCCCGCGAGGAAUGCCGGUCUUAGUUGUCAUCGUCUGGUAAAAUUUCGAUAGUUCCCAUUUUCAAUUGUUUAAUUUUCCCGGUUGAUGACUAUUAAGACCAGCAUUCCUCGCGGGCAUCAAGCCUUGUGACGUCAUUAUGCAUAAGGUCUAUGAGUCAUUUCCCAAUCGAGCAGAGGACUGGGUCUAGUCGCUUGUUUGGAGGGACAAAAAAUAAACAUUGAUUGAACAUUCUCUGACUUAAUAUUUAUUUCUGCGAGCUUUCGGCUAUCAGUCUCUACAACCUUCGACGGGUGCAUACACGUGCAUAAAUAUGACAAAUAUAACAAAUAAUAUGAUAUCUUCGAGGUUUUCCUAUAUUUCUAAAGUUGUUUGUGCAGCCUGAAACGCAACGAUUAUAAUAAUGCAUCUUUUAAUAUUUAGCUCGCUCACUAUAACUUGUUGUCCCUCCAAUCGUCCCUCCAAACAAUCGUCCCUCCAAUCGUCCCUCCAACCAGUCCUCUGCUCGAUUGGGAAAUGGUUAAUUACGUUUUGUUACUGUAUAAUAACAAAUGUUUCAACGAGUUUCAAGAUUAUUUAACUUGUUAUUUGCGCACAGUUUUUAUGGUAAUGUACAAACAACGUGUAGAUAAAUUUUUUCUCAAAUUUUUCUCAGUUUCGAAUUCCAUAAGAAGGUUUUGCCCUGACUUUAAGGGGCGUUAAACGACCUCUUACAUGCACAACAACAGAAAUAUAAACAGUUUAUAAACAACUGAAUUAUAAACGGGUUAUAAACAACUGAAUUAUAAACAGGCUAUAAACAACUGAAUUAUAAACAGGUUAUAAACAACUGAAUUAUAAACAGGUUAUAAACAACUGAAUUAGAAACAGGUUAUAAACAACUGAAUUAUAAACAGGUUAUAAGCAACUGAGUUAGAAACAGGUUAUAAACAACUGAAUUAUAAACAGGUUAUGAACAACUGAAUUAGAAACAGGUUAUAAACAACUGAAUUAGAAACAGGUUAUAAACAACUGAAUUAGAAACAGGUUAUAAACAACUGAAUUAUAAACAGGUUAUAAACAACUGAGUUAGAAACAGGUUAUAAACAACUGAAUUAUAAACAGGUUAUAAACAACUGAAUUAGAAACAGGUUAUAAACAACUGAAUUAUAAACAGGUUAUAAACAACUGAAUUAUAAACCCGGCAAACUACGAAAAGAAAGAGAAUAUCGCACAGAACAGAAACCGCGGUCCAUGCCCGUGUAUCUUCACAACUUAAAGCCCGAUUGCGAUUUUCUUACAAUAGAUGUAAACGAGUGGAUGAGUUAUGAGUGCUCAGAUGUGGGUACAUCAUUACACUCAGAACAUUCGCAACUGUUCAACUCGUUCACAUGCAUCAGAAGAGGAAAGUCGCACUAGAAGUCGCGGUAAAAAUUGCGAGUGUAAACGGGCUUUAAUUGCCAGAAGCUUGUUUCGCUAAAUGAAGCUAUGCAAGCAUGGACGUUUCUGCUCAUGCGAUAUGCUCUCUCUUUUAUUAGUUUGCCGGAUUUGAUUUCGACAAUAUCCGAAAUUAGUAUAAAUUUUGCAUAUCAAAUGAGCUUUCGCGCGUUCUGAUUGAACCGUUCAAAAUGGUGGCGGUUGUUGAUGUCUUGGCGAUGCUGUAUUUAUAUCAGCUUUUAUGUCUCGCUACGCCUGUUAUUUCGCCUGUUAAUUUGUCAAACAAAAGUCUACCUAUCAAUGAGCACUUGCAUAACAAUUAUACGAUCAAAUCAUGUGUUUCUACGCUUAAAUCUGCAUCGUUUGCUGUAUAUGAAAUCGCUGCGAAGACCACUAACAUGCCCGGAAAUUCCAAGCGUAUUACCUCUAAGCGAAGUACGUCCACUUUGGCAUAUUUUCUUUGUAUGUCGCUGCUUUUAACCGGUGCAUGAAAUAUUGAGAGAAACCCUGGGCCAGUUCAGCAAGGGCACAAUCUUAAACUUUGUGCAGAGAAGGGCUUGAGAAUUUUUCACUUAAAUAUACGUCAGGCUUUCUUGCCAUCCUACUUUUCCUACUUUUUCCUACUUUUCUUCAACUUUCCUACUUUUCCUAUUUUUUAUUAAAAAUUGCUUGAUUUUCCUACUUUUUCCUACUUUUUCUCAUAAAAUCCUACUUUUUUAAGACAGCUUGGGGAAUCAGUAUGUUAUAGCUCUCGUAAUUAGAUCUACAGGACUCGUAAUUUUUAUUCCCUAGUUGUGUCCCAGAUGAUAAGAUCUCGGGAGGAGAAGAAGUACAUUUUCCGAGUAUAAAAUUUCAUAGCAUCUCUAGAAUCAAUAAAUUAAUGAAGACUCUGAAAGUGCCAAUUCCGACGAUCUAGAGAUUCCAAAUAUUCAACUCCCCCCAGUUAAUCAAGCAUCAUAUAUACAUGGCCGUAGCAACUGGGCCUGGGGGGCUGCAGCCCCCCAAUAAUUUGCUAAUAAUAUAUUUUUUUUCAAAAUCAUGCACACCUUUAUCAUUUAAUCCAUGACAAACUGCAAAGAAUGAAGAUAUUACCCAUACUUUCCUGCAACUUAUCCAAUAUAUAGUUAAUUAAAUACGCCUUCGCCCAUUUAGUACUACUAAAUUGUAAAUUUCGACAUACUAAAACGCUGUUUUCUGACCAUUAAAAUUCUGUCAAUCUUCCCCAAAGUCCAGGAAAUGGCAUUUCAGAGACUCUAAAUUUAAAAAUUUCCUCGGGCCUUCGGCCCUCGCUUUCAGCCCCCCCCCAAUCGAAAAGAGCUUCCUACGGCCCUGAUAUAUGCUCCUGCAGCAGUGUGGAUAGGUGCAUUGUGUAGCCCAAUACAUGCAUUUGAAUUGUGUUGCAGCUGCAGAGCAGAUGCCUUAGCUUUUAUACCAAUGCAAUUUAAAAGUUUUGAGAAAUAAAUCUUGCAUAGAUGAAUGAGUACAUAAAAAUAUUGAGCACCAAAAAUUCACACAACUUCCCCAUCAGAUAUCUAAUGGUCUACCCCUUACCACAUAUAUCCUAGGGGGCCAAUUUUGUAAACUAUAUUUUUGUGUUAUUUGCAUCUCCAAAGCUCCUACUUUUGUCCUACUUUUCUACACAUUUUCCUACUUUAUUCCUACUUUUCCUAAAAUUCUAGUCCUACUUUUGUCCUACUUUACACAAGGAAGCCAGAAAGCCUGAUACGUAGUCUCGUCAACAAGAUCGACGAAAUUAGAGUGUUUUGUGAAACCCACAAACCUCAUGUGUUAUGCUUAAAUGAAACAUGGCUUGAUACGUCUAUUUCCGAUGGAGAAAUACAACUCGAUGUUUAUUCGCAUAUACGAAGAGACAAAACUCGUCAUCAAGGCGGUGUUCUUGUUUACAUUUCAUCAAAUCUAAACUUCAAAGAGCGUAACGAGAUCGGAGACAAAAGCGGUGAGCUUCAAUGUUUAUGGCUUGAGAUUGUACCUCCCAAAAGCAAAGGCUUUCUUAUUUGCUCUUCUUAUCGCCCACUGAAUUCCGACAACGAAAGGAUAUAUGUCGAGGGCCUACGAAAUAUGCUUGAUAAUGUGAGUGAUUUACAGAAAGAAGUUAUUCUCAUUGGGGAUUUUAAUUUUGACUUAAAACGGUCUAGAAAAUCGGCGGCAUGUAAGUGCUUUGUGGAUAUGUCUAAGGAAUUCGGUUUAAAGCAAAUUAUCUGUGACGACACUCGUGUAACUCAACACUCAAAAUCAUUGAUUGAUCUCUUUUUAACAUCUCGUCCUGACCUAUACAUAACAGGAGUAAUGCCUGUUGGGUUCAGCGACCAAAGUGUAAUAUAUGCGGUUCGCAAGCUGCAUAGAUUAAAACCUCCAUCUUCACGGAUCAUUAAUACACAAAAUUAUAAAUGUUACAACCAGAUUGCUUUUGUCGAAGACUUAAAUAAAUUUCCCUGGUCGCAAAUCGACAUAACUGGAGAUAUUGAAGAUUCAUGGAAUACUUUUAAAAACCUAUUCAAUGAUGUCGCAGAUUCUCAUGCCCCACAGAUUCAUGUUCGAACGAGAGGUGAAAAAGUACCUUGGUUAACAACGGAGAUUAGAAAAUUAAUGAAAGAAAGGGAUAAUCUUCACAAACUGGCGCUUAAGACCAACAGUGAACUAUACUGGAGCUCCUUUAAACGCAUGUGUAAUGCUGUAACCCUUAAGUUAAGAAGAGAAAAGAAACAUUACUAUAACAAUCAAUUUCAGGAGAAUGAAUCAAACCCAAAGGGGACUUGGAAAAAUUUGAAACGUUUACUUGGUAAAUGUGGAAAAGGAACUGGAUGCACUGGUACAGAUUCAGCGACAACUGAUUUGAAAGUUAAAUGCAACAUGUUUAAUCGUUUCUUUGUUUCCUGUGCUACGAACUUAAGAUCAAUUUGUAGCACGACUGGCCAUGCGUUCAAAAAAUGGUUACCCCAAAUGGAACAUUCGGAAAGCUUUACGUUUCAACAAUUUACUGAUUCGGAGGUUCGAACUGCUCUGAGGGAAUUAAAGGUGAAGAAAGCCACCGGUGUAGACGGCAUACCAAGCAGAUUGUUAAAAGACGGAGCUGACGUAUUGGCCUAUCCAUUGACAGUUUUGUUAAAUUUGUCAGUUCAACAAUGUAAGAUCCCUGGGGAAUGGAAGAAGGCAAAAGUUACGCCACUUUACAAGAAUAGCGCAAAGAGUGAUCCAAAAAAUUUUCGCCCUAUUUCUGUUUUACCGGUAGUAUCUAAAGUUCAUGAGCGAUUAAUCCAUAACCAUGCAACUUGCAUCGUAUUUUGAUGAAAAUAACCUGUUGUGUAGAUCUCAGUCAGGAUUUCGAAAGAAACACUCAACAGAAACGGCGGUAACCCAUUUUGCAGACCAAAUUCUCAUGGGCAUGGAUAAAGGGCUAGUGACGGGUGCCGUUUUCAUUGACCUAGCUGAGGCAUUCGACACAAUCGACCAUGAUGUCUUAAUUCAUAAGCUGAAACAUUAUGGCGUAUCCAAUGAAAGUCUAUUAUGGUUUAAGGAUUACUUGUGCGCAGGGAAGCAGUUUGUAACUAUUGAUUCGCAUAGAUCUGAAGAGCUGGAUAUCGCUUGUGGGGUCCCGCAAGGGUCAAUUAUUGGCCCGUUAUUAUUUAUCAUUUACAUCAAUGAUUUAUUAUUUUGUAUGCGAAGCUGCUCAGUCAGUAUGUAUGCAGACGAUACAGCAAUAUACUUUGCGGCCUCGACGGUUGAUGUGGUAACAUCAAUGAAGAUUUAAAUUGCUUAUCUGAGUGGUUGAAAGAUAAUUACCUGGUGCUGAAUAUCACCAAAACCAAGUGUAUUUUGUUCUGCUCACAGAGGCACGGUGGUGAACGAAACAGAGCUCUUACUGUGAACUCCUUCGGGUCAUGUAUCGAAAGUGUUAUCACUUUUAAGUACUUAUAUAAUUAGGUGUGGUAUUCGAUAAUCAUAUGACGUGGAAAGAUCAAGCGGAUCAUGUAUACAAAAAGGUUGCAGUACGAGUUAAUAUCUUACGGCGUAUUAGAACCUUUCUAACGGAGAAAGCAGCAAUACAUGUUUACAACGGUAUUAUCCUGCCUGUGUUCGAUUACUGUGAUAUUACCUGGAGUAGCCUUCUGCAACAAGACGAGGACAGAUUACAGCGAUUGCAACAUCGCGCCGCAAGAAUUAUAACACAGAGUGAAAGAUCAUCCGAAGCGAUAGAAAAAUUAAAAUGGUCUUUAUUAAACUGUAGACGCUCUUACCAUAAAGCUAUAUUAGUUUACAAAUGUCUACAUUCUUUAGUCCCGAAUUAUUUUGUAAAUUAUUUUAAGAAAUUUAGUAAUGUACAUAGCUACAAUACUAGACACAAAAAUAG